AUGUCGUUUACCUUCGUUUCGGAUCAAUUCGAGGAGCUUGCCACCUUCUCCAACGACGAGACCCUUCAGCUGGGCGAAUUCGCCAGCCUCGCCUACCUCGACCGCGACGCCAACCUCGGCGACGGCUCCUACACCACCUUGAGCCCCUUCGCCACCGACCUCUCGUCCGGCUUUGUGCGCGCCCGCGGCGCCCAGGUCGUGGUGACCUACAAGGGCACCGACACGGCCAGGGACUUCCAGACCGACUUCGACGCCUGGCCCCUCGCACGCCCCGAGCUCCUGCCUGAGCGCCGCAUCCACGGCGGCUUCCUCAAGGCCUGGGAGAGCACCUGGCCUCAGGUGGCCGCCAUUCUCGAGUCGCACGCCCACGCCACGGCCUUCAAGUGUCGGACCUCACCUUCACCCCUGGGCGCGGCGCAGGCCACCCUCGCCGCGCUUCACGUGGCGCGCCACCUGGUCCGCUCUGUCGACCAGGUGCGGCUGCUCACGUUCGGGUCGCCGCGCGUUUUCACCUGGGCCGGCGCCGCCUACUUUGAGCGCAUCGGCCUCGGCGCCCGCACGCUUCGAGUGGCGGAGAACGACGCCGACCCGGUGACGAUGGUCAACCUGGGCAGCUUCGGGUUCAAGCACGUCGGGCUCAACGUGCGCGUGGUCAAGCCGGCCGCGGCCUGGCCCCAUCUGAUGGAGGGCUACAUGGCUGGCUUGAUGGCGCUCAACGUCUCCACGUUCGUGCCGACCUUCGCGCUGGGCACCCGCCGGGCCGUGAUCCGCGCCUGUCUUCGUCUUCUCCAUCUUUAA